AUCCGCGCGGGUCCUGCGCUGCCGGGACCAGGAAGUGAUGCUCGUGAACGCCGUGAUAGGUGUCUCCGACUGCGCCUGAGCGAAAAUGAAGCUUCGCUGACGUGUAGGGCGACCGGGUUGAAGCGCAGCUCUCCGUUUGAUACCGGAAUCCCGGGAAUCUGAGGCGCCCGACCGGAGGAAGGUGUGUGAGGGCGCAGUUGGCCGCAAGCGCGGUGGUAUUUAACGCGCUUUGGUUCCGUGUCGGCGCAGCUCGGGCGUGAUGGAUUGAGGCGACCAGAUGAGUGUGGAAGUGGAAAGAAAGUUUCUGUGCAAUGCUGACAUUCUGAAAACACUGGAGGAAAUUGGGGUGUGUGUUGGUCAGCGCCAGUUUCGUGACCAGUACUUUGACAACCCCAGUUUUGACCUGACUCUGAGAGACACGUGGCUGCGUAAACGCAAGGGAUGCUGGGAGUUGAAGUGCCCAAUCACGGCGAACGUGACGGAAGAGCCAUCCGGGGUGCAGUCUGAAGGCGCAGCACUGUGUUCCCGCUACAGGGAGAUAACCAAUCUGCCGGAAAUUCAGCGAAGGGUGAAAGACGUCUUAAAAGACAUUUGCGGGGACGGAGAGACGGAUGCAGGCCGCUCACAGGGGGACGAGUCCUGGCUGAGCGAAAUGAAUCUGGUGUGCUUCGCAGAUUUCACAACAGUGCGCCAGUCAUUCACUUUAGAGGAGAAGGGCGUGCAGAUCGAUCUGGACCAGGCUGACUUUGGCUACCAUGUGGGAGAGAUAGAGGUCCUGGUUCCGGAGGCAGGAGACGUGCAGUCUGCCUUGGAGAAGAUCGAAAGAACGGCUGGAAAACUGGGUCUGACUGGAGAUCAGCAAGUUGAUGGAAAAAUGCAUGUUUACCUUCAAAGAAAUCACCCAGAGCACUACGCAAGACUACUGAGGGAACAUGUUUUGUAACAUGUUGCUUCACAGAUUUGAAGAAAUUUUACAGCUAAAUUGUUUGUAGAAAUGAGGCAUUUAUUUUUUGGAAGUGUUCAUCAAAAAUUGGUUUUUAUUUGUGUUAGUUUAAAGACUUAUUGUUUAUAAUCACUGUACUGACCUGAAUUAAAAACCUCUGAAUAACAGCAAUAGGCUCAAUGUUUCACGGCUGUGUUGUGUUGCACCAGUUAUAUAUAUUUGUGUCUGGCUGAGAAGAGAAUGAGAGGAAGUCUGAGCCCUGGAGAUAAAUAGGAGGCCAUACAGUUUGUUCCCUAAUAAUGAUGAUUGUUUUGUACUGUGUAUUAAAAAGACAAGUAAAUAGACAUAUUAGACACUCCCAGGUUGAGAGCUGGUGACUGACAUUUUCUGCUGAAGAUAUUCCUUGUUUAUUAACAGAUGAUUGUGUGCAAAUAUGUCCGCCGCAACCAACCUGUUUUCAAUGCUAUUUCAUCCAAAAUGUUUACGAUCACGUUGAUCUUAAAGAAAAAAUGAUUGACUCCAAAAUGGGUCAAAAUGGAAAAAAUAUCUUCUAAGUUCAUGAAUGACUUCUCUGUUGAUGUUUAACUAAAGCUUAUGGUUUGGAAUUAAAUCAAGGGCAGCAAAAAAAGUA